AUGGGCAACGUCAUAUCUUCCUGCUGCAAAGGACGACCGAAGGAUAAUCUCUAUGAGCCUGCCCUCGCAGACAGUGAGCGUGAAGCCGUUGCCGAUCUUUUGCAAUACUUGGAAAAUCGUGCCGAGACAGACUUCUUUUCUGGCGAACCUCUCCGAGCCUUGAGCACACUGGUAUACUCAGACAAUGUCGAUCUUCAAAGGAGUGCCAGCCUGACAUUUGCUGAAAUCACUGAACGCGAUGUCAGAGAGGUGGACCGGGAUACGCUCGAACCCAUCUUAUUCCUCCUUCAAAAUCCCGACAUUGAGGUACAACGAGCGGCAAGUGCUGCUCUUGGUAAUCUUGCUGUCAACACCGAGAACAAAGUUGCUAUUGUGCAGCUAAGUGGCCUCCCUCCUCUAAUCCGACAAAUGAUGUCCCCAAAUGUCGAAGUCCAAUGCAAUGCAGUCGGCUGCAUCACCAAUUUGGCCACGCAUGAAGAUAACAAGGCAAAGAUUGCCCGAUCGGGAGCAUUGGGACCCUUGACUCGCCUUGCAAAAUCAAAGGAUAUGCGAGUACAGCGUAAUGCUACAGGGGCUCUCCUCAAUAUGACACAUUCCGACGACAACAGACAGCAACUUGUCAACGCAGGCGCAAUUCCUGUCCUUGUUCAACUUCUAUCCUCACCCGACAUGGACGUCCAAUACUACUGCACCACAGCUCUGAGUAACAUUGCGGUCGACGCGUCGAACCGAAAGAAGCUUGCUCAGACCGAAUCUCGCCUUGUUCAAUCCUUGGUUCAGCUCAUGGAUUCUGGAACACCCAAAGUUCAAUGUCAAGCUGCCCUCGCCCUCCGUAACCUCGCUUCGGACGAAAAAUACCAACUGGAAAUCGUUCGAGCUAGAGGUCUUCAUCCUCUUCUACGACUACUGCAAUCGAGCUACUUGCCACUGAUUCUUUCCGCCGUUGCUUGCAUUCGGAACAUCUCUAUCCAUCCUUUGAACGAAUCUCCCAUCAUCGAUGCAGGCUUCCUCAAGCCCUUGGUCGAUCUACUUGGAUCCACAGACAACGAAGAGAUUCAAUGCCACGCCAUCUCGACUCUCCGCAAUUUGGCCGCCAGCUCUGAUCGCAACAAGCAGCUGGUGUUGGAGGCCGGAGCCGUUCAGAAAUGCAAAGAGCUGGUACUCUCAGUUCCGCUUAGUGUGCAGUCUGAGAUGACAGCUGCCAUUGCUGUGUUGGCAUUAAGUGAUGAACUCAAAUCCCACCUUCUCAAUCUGGGAGUGUUUGAGGUCCUCAUUCCCUUGACAGACUCUGAGAGUGUGGAAGUACAGGGCAAUAGUGCGGCGGCGUUGGGAAAUCUAUCUUCCAAGGUUGGCGACUAUUCAAUCUUUAUUCGCGACUGGUCCGAACCAAAUGGUGGCAUUCACGGUUACUUGAAGCGUUUCUUGGCCAGUGGGGAUCCAACCUUCCAACAUAUUGCAAUUUGGACGUUGUUGCAACUUCUGGAGUCGGAUGAUCCAAAACUCGUCAGUUUAGUGGCCAAAGCUGAGGACAUUAUUCAGAUGGUCAAAACCAUAGCCGAAAAACAUGUUGAGUCUGAUGAUGAGGAUGGUGAAGAGGGCGAAGGCGAAGUGAUCGCUUUGGCCCAGAGGUCCUUGGAAUUACUCGGCAAGGGGCCAAAACAGACUCUGGUCGAGGGCUGA